AUGAUGUACCGAAAGUUUUUGGGCAUCUUUGCCCUUAUCAUAACCAUCAGCAUUUUGGCAGGGUGUGCACCAAAGCCGCAGAUUGAAAUCUAUAUGGAGCCUGUUGCAGGCAGAGAACACGCCCAAAUUGAUGUACAAACAGGUUCUAUCUCUGUGGAGCAGCAUGGCGUUCAGAUUACGCUUGAACCACUCAAUGAAGUGGAACUGUUUGAACUCACAGAAGAUGCACGGAUUAAUCCGUAUAUCGGGAUUGACCGUUGGGGCAACGUUGAGCCGCUGUAUACCGUCUUCGGUAUUCACAUAGAAAACAGAUCUAAUUCGCGGGUUAUUGUUGAUUCAACAGCAAUUUUAGUCGAUCUCAACGGUGAGCAGUAUGCUGCCCUUCCUUAUGACUACUUCAAAGAACUCUAUGAAAACGUGAGACCAAGAACAGUGGCAUUCUACGACCCGGGAUAUCGAUACCGUUAUCCUUACCCACGUUCUUACUAUCGGAGUCCCUACCGUUAUUAUUACCAGCACCCAUAUAACUAUCGCUUGGGAUACCGGUAUCAUCACCGCUAUCCUUACACACCGUAUAGGAUGUACGAUUACUAUCCGGAUCCAGCUGCUGCCAAUCACGAACGACUAGUUGCGCGUGAGACGGUAUUUGAUGGCGGUCGACUUUUCUCAGGCGCACAACGUGAAGGACUCUUAGUGUUCGAUAGACUUGACAUCGGCGUAACGGAUGUAAAAGUUAUCUUGCCGGAAGUCCUGAUUAUCAAUAAGAAAAAACAGCGGUCGAAAUUCGAUUUUGUGUUUGAUUUCCGACAAGUUGUGAAUGUAAAAGAAUGA